AGGAGCAACUGCAACAGUCUACGUCUACAAAGAAAGAUCAGAACUGUCCAGACUGUGGUCUCCUCUGUGAUUCUUUAUGGAUGCAUAGCUGGACAUUAAACAAGCAAGAGUGGAAAAGUAAUAAUGCCUUUGAACCUCAUUUCUCCAACUAAAACUCUCUUAUUUUGAACAUAUUCUCAGAAGAACCAUUUCAGUGGAAAAGACCACUAGAACAGUUGUAAUUAAAAAGGAAGAGGACGAAUAGCAACAAGAUGGAUGGAUAGCAAUCAUGAAUCAGACGUUCAGCUACCUGAAGACCCAAACAGAAGACAGGAUAUUCUGAAGAAACACUAUCCAUGUGGUCACUAGGAGUGGGGAUUAACGAAUAUAUAAAGUGUUAAAUAUACAAAUGUGUAAUGUGCAAAAAUUUCCGUCAGCUGAGUCUGGAUCCCAACACAGUAAAUCAUGAAAUCGGUCUGUCUGAGAAGAACAGAGUGGUGAAGUACAGAGGAGGAGAGCAGCGUUACUCUGACCAUCCAGAGAGAUUUGACUGCUGGUACCAGGUGUUGUGUAAGGAGAGUGUGAGUGGACGCUGUUACUGGGAGGUUAAGUGGAGUAACUGGGUGUCCAUAUCAGUGUCAUAUAAAGGGAUCAGCAGGAAAGGAGAUGGUAAUGAGAGCAGGUUUGGAUUCAACAAUCAGUCCUGGAGUCUGUGGUGUUCGUCCACUCUCAUUUUCUGGCACAACGGCAUUAAGACUGAGCUCUCAGCUCCAUCGACCUCCAGAAUAGGAGUGUAUGUGGAUCACAGUGCAGGAACUCUGUCCUUCUACAGCGUCUCUGACACAAUGACCCUCCUACACACAGUCCACACCACAUUCACUCAGCCGCUCUAUGCUGGGUUUGAGGUCCACAGGGGAACUGCAAGGCUGUGGGAUUUCAAGUGUGCAUAUUGUAGUUACCUUAUAGGUACAUUCAAGUAAUUAUUUACAGUGCUGUUGUGUUAAUUGACAGUGAUGGAAAUAUGAAUAUUGUCAUAGUGGAGACCAACAGAACUGAGUCCUAGUCAAGACCGAGACCUGGAUACAUUGAGGCGAGACUUUUUAGUAGUUGAGUCAAAGUCAAGACAGAGAAAAUAUUUUUCAAAAAGAAUGAUAAAUAUAUGUUAGCUAAUAACAUUUUAUCAUAUAUUUUGUCAGAAAAAACAUCAAAUAAUCAGAGGUGGAAAGUGACAAAUUAUAUUUACUCUCAUCGCUGCACUUGAGUAUAGUUUUCCCUGUAAAGGUACUCUUUGGAGUAAAAUUGAAUUAUAGUGCUUUUACUUUAGUUAAUAUUAAUGAAACACUUUUAUUUGGUUACUUUAAUUUUUAAUAAGUUUACAGGGUAAAAAUGAAUAAUGCACAUGUCAGCUCAUAAACCAAUUAGCAGGAAGCACAGUUAAAUUUAAAAGAUUCAGUUCUGAAAGCCAUUUAAAAAGCAGAGCAUCUCCCAGCCUCAACAACACUACAGAGAGGCAGCAGGUUUAGAGCAGAAAGAGGUGAAUGUUACCAGCACAAAGAACUUUAUCCAAGCUGUCAUCUUCAUUGAUUUUCAAAUAAACUGAAGUAAACAGCAUUAAUAUCAGCUGCUAAAUCUGCCCUCCAAAAUAAGGACAGAUCUCCGCUUUCACUACUCAGCUUCAGCCUGUGGGAGCAGCUAACUAACCAGCUAAUUCCAGCUGAACAAGUAACUUCUGUGUUUACUAUUUUCUGCUAAAUUGGCAGGAAUUUAUUAAACUUAAAAUCUGUUGAGCAUAUUUUAUUGUAAGUGCCUGCUAGUUAACAAGCCACUUUAGUUAACACUGCCUGCGGUAUUUCUUCAUAAAACAUUAAUACUUAAACUAAAUUUGAUCAGUCAAGCUUUACUGGUUGGUCUACUAGGCCCAAUCUUACAGCCGCUACUGGCUCCAUCGCUGGGUACACUUAACUAAUAGGACUGUAUUCUGCCCUCAUGAACUGUCUGACCAGUUCAUUGGAGAACUAACAACAAACUAAUCAGUGCUGAAUGAGAACAUGACUCUCAGUCUUUGCUCCUCUGAAGGCUUAAAUGUUGUCUCUCUUUAUCGUUUUACUUAAUGUGACAGAAUAUGUUAAUGGGUGAGUUAAACAUCAAGUGGUAUUUGUAUGAAUUAUAUUUAAUUAACAUUAUUAGUUUUAUAUUAAAUUGAUGUAUGUAGUGUUGAUGUGAAAACAAAUAUUAAAGCAUGACAAAGACUUUUUAGGAAUAUUUGAGAUGGAAUUUCAGUUGCUGUGAAUAACCAGCCUCCAUGUCCACCCCCCCCCCACCACCACCACCACAACCUGGCCCACUGAAAUCUCACUCUAAAAAAUGGCACCCCUGUUACUGAGCCUAAUGAGAACAGCUUCUGUAGAGAAGCUGGAUCCGCACUGAUACUGCAUCUCUUCUACACUUUAAAUGACUCCACAACUUUUUUUAUUUCUUAUACCCCACUCACUUAAGAAUUCCACCUCUUUUCUAUGCUCCUUCCUGUCUCUCCUCUCUUUCCUCAUUUCUUUUUGUCUCCUCCUCUCCUCACUCUCUAUGACAGUCUUUAACACACAAGCAGAAAGUCACUCCUACUCAGUUUAAAAGUGAAAGAGAAAGUGAGAAAGUGAAACUAAUC